CCUAAUUGGGCGACCGCCACGAGCAGAUAUUACAAGGAAAAAAUGUUCUAGUUUUUUUAUUCCAUCAUCGCCUUAGUGACUAUCUUCUCUCCGUAAUUGAUCAACUUCCGCGGCGAAAAAAGCGGCCACAAGCUGGAGCAGCGCGAAAUAACAAGUGGUGGAUAGUUCGCUUGUCCACAUGUCAAGCUCGCGUGGUCCCGCCACGUGCACGGCAUUCGGUGAAAUAUCCACACCUUUGGGUGCACAUCGAAGGUUGUCACGAGAACCAGUACUUCUAAGUCAUUGUUACGAUCUUGUCGCACGAAUCCGAGUUAAUAGCCCGCAAAACGUUGGAGGCUUUUUGGAUAGCGUCUAAAACACCAAAAAUGAAUCGCAAAGAUGAAGGCAUUGCCAUAAAUAGCAAAGCA